AUUUUCCGUUUAAACCGCUAAACCCAACAAUUUAUAAAAUUGUGGGUUCACACAAAUUAAAAAUACAUCCCAAUUCACUAAUGCGUGAUAUGUAUUUAUAUGAAAAUCAAAAAAUUGAGGUAGAAUGUGACACAAAAUUCGAACGACCAAGAAGAUUCAAAACAACAAAGAAACUGUAUAUCAGAUGUAAUAAUGAUCUGUACGUGAAGUCGGAUAAAAUCAGUUCCGAAAUUAAUUAUUCUGAAAUUUCUUUAACAUGUUCAUCAUUAGAUAGGAACAUGUAUGAAACAUCCAAUAAAUUUACAUGGUGUCCAGCCAAUGCGACUUCAUAUAUUUUAGCCAAACAUAAGCGAGACUCGAACUUAAGUCAUGACUACUUGGCUGGAAUCUGUUAUGACAUCGACAAACGGUCCUUUUCUUCAGCGUACUACACAUUGGCACCUAAAAAUUCUGAAUAUGCGCACCCAUCUGUUUUGGGGAAUUUCUAUACUCCUAGUUUGGAAAUACAGGAUAUAAGGGAUACAUUUGAUGAAAAUAGCAUUAAGGAUUUCAAUAACGAACAGCUUAAGAAGUGGAUAACUAAUUCAAAUUAUGAAUACAGCACGGUAAUGCAGCAUCCAAAACCCUUUCCAACAUUUAAUUUGCAGUUUUUAUCUCCAAUUGAGUUUGCAUGGUGGCAAAAUUUACGUCUUUACAAUUGGAAAAAUUAUGCAACAGCUCUCGAGCAACAUGUCGAGAGUGAAAAUCAAACCUACGACAUUUUAGCAGGUGUAUCUGGUGCCACAAAGAUACCCAUUAUAGACGAUUGUGAAACGAAUUAUACUUUAAAGGAGGUAGUUUAUGGAACGGAGCAGAAAAUACCAUUGUAUGUUUGGAAUUAUUUACAGGCCAGAGACAAUAGCUCCAAUGAGAUUGUCAUUAUUGGUUUCAAUUCACCAUUUAAUGAGUUUUACUCAGAAGAGGAAAUAGUAUUUUGCCGGGACAAAUGUCAGGAAAUUCCUUGGUUAAAAAAAGUUAGCUCUACUUUUCGUUAUGGAAUAAUGGGCAUUGUAUUUUGCUGUGACGUUGAAGAUGUUAAAUCUUCGAAACAUUUAGAUGGCUUUCCACAAAAUGAUAUGCAAUCGAUUCCGGCUGAAACAACAACAUCAUUUAUAUUAAAUCACGCACCAAUAACUGAAGCUAAUAAUAACGAUGAAUAUAAUGCUGAAGAGGAGCAUUGAUUUCACAUACCCUUUAUCAAAGUUUUAGUAAUUAAAAGCUCCAUACAAUCUUUCUUUAUGUUAACUUAUAACCCUCAUUAACAAUAAAAAUGUAACAUCAAAUCACCACUAAAUGGUUAGUA